AUGGCUUACCCCAAUAUCAACUCUAUCCCUGGUACUCAGCAACGAAACCUCGGACCAGUGACGGAAGCUCUUCUUCCGCUAGUAGAGGAGCUACUGGCUGUAUACUCCGACUCUGAGGUGACCCCGCGGGUUUUGGAAUUGGCAUCGCACCCUUACACUCACAUCCUAUCCUGGGCGAAGAGAUGGCCCUCAGUCGAAUGGUGGGGUUCAGCAAGGGAUACAGAGCAGAUCAGGGACAUUGAAGCCGUGCUCGGAUCUACACCUACUGAUGAUCGGCCUCCGUCGAAUCUCCGACAUCCUAUCCGAUUGGAUAUUCAAUCUGAAAGCGAUUGGACGAAUCUGCGAGCCCUGUUGGAUGGACAGUCUAUACAGCUAGGUGGAGUGAUCAUGCUCAAUUUGAUCCACUGUUGUCCUCUCGGCGUCCCGGAAGAGAUUUUCAAGCAUCUCUCCGGUGACAUCUCCUCGAGCGACGUGGACGAGUCAUUGCUUCACUCAAGCUCGAGCUGGGUAGCGGCAUAUGGACCGUGGAAGAAUGAUGAUGGGACGUACAAGUCAGAUGCAGACAAGGCAUUUGAAGAAUCGCACAUACGUUCUUCUGACCCGUCACUUGGACUGCGGAGCAUUCAAUCCAUCACGAGUAUGGCUGAGAGGCAUGGAUUCAUAGAGGACAAAAGGGUGAAAAUGCCCGCCGGGAACGUGUUUGUAGUCUGGCGAAGGCGAGUGGUGGUAUGA